GCCCCUCCAUUCCGGGAGUCGCAGGGCCCGGAGGCCUGGCUCUCCCCGGGGUCCACGGACCCAGGGCUGGCCGCCGCCAGGUGGAAGGAGACAGGUUAACGGCGGCCCGCCCUCGGGAGGCGGGGCCUGGCAGAGCGGCCGCGACCCCCGCCCUCCCUCCCCCGACUCCCCAAGCCCUCCCUCCCUCCCCCCACUCCCCAAGCCCUCCCUCCCUCCCCCAACUCGCCGUGCAUCCCGCCGCCCCGCGCGCGCCAGCGCGCCCUCCCGGCUGCGAGCCCCGCAACAGGUGAAGCGGCCUCCGCGGGGCGGUCUCUCUCCGCCAGCCGCGCGCCCGCCUCUCUCCACGCCCCCUCCCCUCCGCCCGGCCUCCGCCGCCUCCCUUGGCUGUUGGCGGCCUCCCCUCGCCCGGUCUCCUGCUGCGGGGCCCCCGCGCAGGCCGAGAGCCCGCGCGCCUAGGAGCAGGGGCGGCCGCGCACUCGCCGGACACGCACUGCGGCCGGACGGAUCCCGGCGGGUGACCCCCGCGCGCCCUGGUCCCCGUGCCGCCGCGCUCCCCUCCCCCCACGCCGGUGUCCCCGGGCUCAGGGCCGCGCGGCCAGCCCCGACGCGCCGGGGGUCCCCGAGGCGGGGCCGGCCCGGCCGGGGCGCGACGAUGGAGGAGCCGCAGCGCGCCCGCUCGCACACCGUCACCACCACCGCCAGCUCCUUCGCGGAGAACUUCUCCACCACCAGCAGCAGCUUCGCCUACGACCGCGAGUUCCUCCGCACCCUGCCCGGACUCCUCAUCGUGGCGGAGAUCGUUCUGGGACUGCUGGUAUGGACACUGAUCGCUGGAACUGAGUACUUCCGGGUCCCUGCGUUUGGCUGGGUCAUGUUUGUAGCUGUGUUUUACUGGGUCCUCACCGUCUUCUUCCUCAUCAUCUACAUAACGAUGACCUACACCAGGAUCCCCCAGGUGCCCUGGACCACGGUGGGUCUGUGCUUUAAUGGCAGUGCCUUCGUCUUAUACCUCUCUGCCGCUAUUGUGGAUGCGUCUUCUGUCUCCCCGGAGAGGGACAGUCACAACUUCAACAGCUGGGCAGCCUCGUCGUUCUUCGCCUUCCUGGUCACCGUCUGCUACGCUGGAAACACAUAUUUCAGUUUUAUAGCUUGGAGAUCCAGGACCAUACAGUGAUAUGCCAUUUUGAGAAUUAAAAGGGAAAAAAAAAGGAAGAAUCUCACUGUAAAAACAGGUGUAGGUAUAAUGUAUAUUUCCAGAGAAUUGUAUUUAACUAAUGUUUUUAUAUACUUAGUUAAAUUUGCUCACAGUGGUUUGUUAUAAUUAAACUGGAUACUUACUUGCAAA